UCAAAUGUGACAUGUAAACAAGCAUGGAAUUGUUGUCAUGUUUUGAUAAGCUCGUAAGCAAGGUUUUCAACCCAAUAGUUCUCGUCCUUGAAGUUUUAUCAAUAAAAAGUUAGUUAAAAGGAAACGUGCCGAAACAACCCGAGAAAUCUCCAACUGAUGGUUCGAUGGUGUCAUCUGAAAUGAACUCAACUCAUAUCUACCAUGAACGCCAAUCCCGGGAAUUGUGUGCUCUUCAUGCGCUCAACAAUUUAUUUCAAGCCAAGGGGACGUAUACAAAACCGCAGUUGGACGAGAUAUGUACGCAAUUGAGUCCAGAUGAUUGGAUAAACCCGCACAGGUCGGUGCUGGGCCUUGGCAAUUACGAUGUGAACGUCAUUAUGACUGCUCUCCAGAAGAAGGAUUGCGAGGCGGUUUGGUUCGAUAAAAGAAAAGAUCCAUCUUGCAUCGACACUUCACAAAUUGUAGGGUUUAUCCUAAAUGUUCCGACCGAUUAUCGGAUAGGCUUCAUAACGUUACCACUUAAAAGACGACAUUGGAUUAGUGUACGAGAAAUCGGUGGACGCUAUUACAAUUUGGACUCAAAACUAGACACGCCUCAAUGUAUUGGAACCGAAAGGGAUCUCUUCAACCAUUUACGAGCAGAAUUACAAAGUAAUGAUAAGGAGCUUUUUGUAGUUGUAACUAGUGAAGUUGAGAAGUCACAGAGCUGGCUUAAAACAAAAUCGAAUUUAUCAUCUACUGAUUUAAAUAGUUUAUAAAAUUUUACAAAAGGUUCUAGGCGAGCGAGUGUUGCCAACAAUGAUGUAUUUUCUAAUUCGUAUCUAGUCUACUAAAUUUUGCGCUGUCUCACUUUAACAUUUUGCGGAGAUAAACGUUUUCAAGGCCUAGUUAUUAAUAACCGUUUUGGUGAAUGUGAUAAAUGUGAAAAUAUAUAUUCUAUAAGAUCUAAUACUUAAAAAUUUCGUCGUUCAACUGAAAAUAUUGAAGUAAAAUGUUUAUGGGAAAUUCGGUGAUGAUUGUUGAAUGUUGAAUAAAUUUAAUCGUUAAAUGUUA